CUGGCAACAGCAAGCUAAAGUUAAAGACAUGGAAGAACAGGGGGAUCUAGCGGCUGCUACAGAAGCGAAGGAUAAAGCCCAUGAAACAGAAAAUGCAAAAAUUCAAGAAGUUGAAGAACUUGGGCAAGAAAAAACACAUGAAAUUGAGGAAGCUUAUGAAGUACAUGAUGAAGAUGAAGAGUCUGGUAGACAAGAGACAACUAAUAAUGAAGAGUCUAAAGAAGGAAAAGAUUCUGAUACAACAGAUGAGAUAGCUCCACCUACAACAGAUGACAAUCAUGUUCAAGAAACAGAUCAAACAAAUACAACUGAAGCAAACAUAGAACAUAAUCAAGGUGAAGAAGAUCAGUUGGGAAAACAAGAGACAGGACAGGAAGUAAAUCUGGAAGAAAGUUUGCCAGUAGAAGAAGAGCCUUUUACUAAAGCAGAUGGUGAAGAUAACAUAGCUGAUGGUUUUAAUCAAGAUGAUGUUUUAGAUACUCAGAAAGAGGCAAAUGAGCCUGAAAGUGAAACAGAAAAGAUAGAAAAUGCAGAUGAAGAUGGUGUGGAUGCUAAACAAGAAAAUGAAGCUGAAAAAGUUCUAGAAGAAUCAGAACAACUGGAAGAUGAGUCAAAUAUAGCUGUAAUGAAAGAAGAGGAAGACCUGAUUCCUGCAGAUUUUUAUUACAAUUUUGAAGAGUUGGAAUCAAAGGCUGUUGUAGCUCAAGAUUCUGGUAUUCCUUUGAAUAUGUUGGAAUUGAAACAUUCAUAUGGUUAUGACUGUAAGCGAAGAAACAACCUUCAACUUUUGGAUGAAAAUCAUGUCAUCUUUGCUGCAGGGAAUUUGGUUCAGAUUUUAAAUUUAAAAUCCAGAGAGCAGAGGUAUCUUCGUUCAACUAGUGGCUGUGGUAUUGGGGCGAUUUGUGUGCAUCCAAGCCACAAGUUUUUUGCUGUAGGUGAAAAGGGGAGUGCACCCAACAUCAACAUCUUUGAGUACCCUUCUCUAAAGCUUUAUCGUAUUCUACGUGGAGGAACUGAAGAGUCAUACGCAUCCUUGGCAUUCAGCCCAGAUGGUGAGCUCCUGGCAUCACAAGGUGGAGACCCAGACUUUAUGUUAACUGUGUGGAACUGGAAACAAGAAAAGAUAACCCUCAGAACCAAGUCAUUUUCACAAGAUGUGUUUAGAGUGUCCUUUGCUCCUGAGUUAGAAGGUCAACUGACCACAGCUGGUACUGGCCAUAUAAGGUUUUGGAAAAUGGCUGAUACCUUUACUGGUUUAAAGUUGCAAGGAGAACUGGGAAGGUUUGGCCGUACAGAAAUCUCAGAUAUUGAAGGAUAUGUGGAGUUACCAGAUGGAAAGGUUCUCUCAGGUGCUGAAUGGGGCAACAUGUUGCUCUGGGAAGGUGGUCUUAUUAAAGUAGAAAUCACUUGCAGAGGUAAAAAGAAUUGUCAUCAGGGCCCAAUUAUGCAGAUUUUACUUGAUGAGGGCGAGCUAAUGACCAUUGGUGUGGAUGGCUAUAUUAGAGUUUGGGAUUUUGAAGCCAUUGAUACAGCUGAUGCAACAGAUGAUUCUGGUAUUUUUGAAAUGGAUCCAAUGAAUGAGCUGAAAGUUGGCACAGAUGCCCAGCUCUACUGUAUUGUUAAAUCUAUUGAUGAAGAGAAUGAACCAACCAUCUGGUAUGCUCAGGAUGCCAAUGGUGGGAUAUGGAGGCUGGACUUGUCCUUCUCUCACACAUCUCAAGCACCAGAGAAACUGUUCACAUACCAUGCAGGACCCAUAUCUGGCUGUGUUACUUCCCCUGUCUCACACAUUGUUGUAUCCACAGGCCUUGAUAAAACUGUGAGGGUCUAUGAUUACAUUCAAAUGAAACAGCUGGCAGAGACCAAGUUUACUUCUGGGGGAACAGCCAUAGAAUGGGUGCCUUUAACAGUUGAUUCAAAAGGAGGCUCUGUCAUUGUGGGGUUUGAAGAUGGUGUUGUCAGAGCUUUGAAUGUGACCAGCAAACCAGAAGAAGACAAUAUUAGAAGGCCAGAUAAGCAGGAAGCUGAAAUCACACUUAAGCAAGCCUUUAAGCCACACAAGAACAGAGUAACUGCCCUUGCUUUUGAUGGGAAAGGAGAAAUUCUUGCCACUGGUGGAGCUGAUGGGACUGUGUUCUUCCUGUAUGUGAGUGAGGUCUAUGACCCCAUUGGCUUUAUUAAAGUACCUGGGCCAGUGAGACAACUGAGCUGGACUCCAGAAAAAUUUAAAAAACAGGCAUUGUUGGUUGUAUGUGAUGAUGGAGUUGUUGUUGAAGUUGACUCUCCAGAACCUGGUAACUUUGACACAUCUCAUUCUUAUGAAAUUAGUGGACUCAACAUGAGAACCUACACCUUCAAGAGCAUUAAAUCUUACUUAAGGCAUGAAGAAGAACUUGAAAGAGAAAGAAUAGCAGAUGAAGAAAGGAAAAAGAAAGAACAAGAAGAAAGAAGGAAAAGAAUAGAGAGAGGUUUAGAGACAGAAUCAGAUCAUGGUGAUGAAGAAGUUCAAAAGCCCAAAACCCCACCAAAGGAGUGGCAUCCAUUUAUUCCAAAAGACCCAAGUAAAAUUUUACAUGCAACUUAUUCUGAAGAAGAGGGCAAUUUCUGGCUCUCAAUGGGAGACUUUGAUGCUGGUUACCUGUAUGAAUGUAGAUUUUUACCUGAAGAGGAGAAAGCUUUGAUGAUGCCAGACAAUAUAGACAAGCCUUUAAGGGCAAUUCCAGUGUCUGAAUCUAGUGACAUUCCAAUAGAAGUCAUACAAUUUAGCAACUCUGGUCAGUCAGUUGUUUUUGGCAUGGCUAAUGGUCAGUUGAGAGUCCAGCAGCUGAAUGAGCCCAAUGAUCUCUCUGAACUUGGCCCCCAGUGGACUUUAAGCAUGCAUGAUAACAGCUAUGGCAAAGUUACAUCGGUUGUAUCCAGUUUUGAUGGUACCAUGGUGUUAACAAGUGGAGCGGAUGGAAAUUUUUUCCAGUUUUCUUUCAUGACCCAGGAGGAACUUGAAGAAAAGAUCAAAGAAAAUAAAGCUAAACUUCCUUCAGCAAGGUAUAUUGAGCAACAGAAGCUUAUUGAUGACAUUGAAGAUCCAAAUGCUUACAGCAUUGAAGAUGCAAAACAAAAAUCUGAGUACGACAAAAGAAUGAAAGAAGCUGAACAUAAGAAAAAAGAAGUGAAGAAAAAAAUCAACCAACUGAGGCGCCAAUUCAGAACAAUAAUUGAACAAAACGAGAACUUACCUAAACAUCUUCAACUCAAUCGCAUGGAAUUUGAAAUGGAUAAAGAAAUUAAACAAGAAUUGGAACAAAGAACUCUUGAAAAGAUUGACACUGUUAAAAAGGAGAUGGCUUGGGAAUCUGAAAAGCUUAGAAUAUCAUUGGAGAAACUUAGAAAAAGAUUCAAAGACUGUGUAGAAUGUGAGAGGAUUGUUGUCAAAGCUUUCACAACACAACAUGAAGUUACAAGCUUUAGAGCUUCCAAGCUUUCUGAAGAUUUUUACCAAAUUAAAGCUGAAUUUGAACGCAAGAAAACAAAGAUGUCUACUAAAGAUGAUUUGAAAGUAGAUGCUUCUUCAAAUGAAGCUGACAAUAAAACUGAUGUUACCGAUGGUGAAAAAACAAGUGAAGAGGAUGCUGGGGGAGGUAAAGGUGUCACUACUGCUACAAACAUGAAAGGCAAUCUGGGAGACAGGAUAACUAAUGCACUGCAGAAAGUUGAAGAGAAAAAGAGAAAGAGAGCGUUGCGCAGAGCACAGUGGGAAGAACUGUAUUCAAGUAAACCAGAUGAUGACUGUGAAGACCCCAAUGAUGUGGCUGCUAUCAAAGAGGCCCAAGAGAAUAUGGGAGACUUCAAGUUGAAAACUGCUGCUGACUAUGUUGUACCUGAUCAUCUAAGAAUGAAUGUGGAGAAGGCUCAGUGGAGACUUCUCACUAUAAAAGAUUUGAUUCAUGAUUACAAAUAUGAAUUCAACCAAAAACUUCUGGCAUUAAGAGACAGCAAAAUUCAAGUUAUUAAUGAAGUGAAAGAAAUUGUAGAGAAGCUGAAAGAGAUUCAGUCCAAGCUGGAUCCUGAACGCCUUGUUCCUAUUCCACCUAUUCCAGAGCUGACACUGGAAGAGAUGCCAGAAAGAGUUAUGGAGUACACUAAAGAGAGCUUAAAGAAGUUUAAAAUAGAAUAUGACAUCAGACAAAAACAAGCUAAGACAGAUGGAGGACAGGCAGGGUCAGGCGGAGGCUUUGGAUUUGGUUUUGGUGGUGGAGGUGGAUCAACCGCUGCUCCUGCACUAGAAAAGCAGAUGAGUGAAGAUUCUGUUUCUGAUGAAACAAAUCAAACAGCAGCAUCAACUCUUUCCAAGCAGACUUCUAAAAUUAGCACUGGGGAGAAAGAAGAAAAGAAAGAAGUGGAAGUGAGUGAAGAAAUAGCAGAAGAUGACACAGUCUCACCUUUAGAGAAACAAAUUCAUCAAAUUGAACAGAUCAGGCUGACCUAUGAACAAAAUCAAUUGUUACAACACAUCCAGAAUUUGUUUAUAAAGUUUGAUGCUGAAUUGAGGUUGCUCAGACAUGACAAAUUUAAGCUGGACAUUGUAAUGAUGGAUGCUGAUUUGAGACAAGUAACUCUGUUUGAAGAGUUAGUUUUGUUGAAGGAAUAUGAGAAAAGGGAAGAUGUUCUUGCUGAAAAAGUGGUUGGCAAGCAAAAUGAAAAAUCAGACAUGCAAGCCAAGAUGCUUGAAGUUCAGAGUAAAAUAGACUUGAAAAAAAAAGACAUUGACAAACUUUUGGAUAAAGAGAAAGCUUUGAUGGGAACAUUUACACAGUCUCUAGGAGAAAACAACAAAUUUGCUGAAUAUUUGACCAAAGUUUUUAAAAAGAAAGUGAAAAGAACAAAAAAGAAAGCAAACGAUGGAGGGGACUCUGAAGAAGACUCAGAUGAUGACUCUGAUGAUGAAUCCGAAUGGGAGGAGAGCGAUGAGGAAUCAGAAUCAGAGGCGGGAGGUUAUGACCUGGAUGUUUGUCCCCCUGGAUGUGAUCAGAAACUGUAUGAUGACACGUGCAUGCUGCGAGAGAAAAGAUUGGACCUAGAGGAGCUACUGACUGAUGAGAAGAAGAACCAGGAUGUCCAGAAGAAAGAACUCGACAGUUUGCAGAAGAAGGCCAAAAUCAUUGAUUCACAGUUAAAGACAGCCCAGGAUGACCUUGAAGACUUCCAACUAGAGAAACAAAGAAAACUGAAUGAACUGAUUGUAGUCGCCACACUAAGAUUUCAUCAGAUCCAGCACAUAGUCAACGAUGUAUUCCCUCAUGAUUUGAAUCCCACAUUAGUUUUUGAAUCAGAAAGACUUGUCAAACUGCAGCACAGAAUCAAAGAGCUGGAACAUGAAAAACUCUUACAAAAAAGACACAUGAGAGAAUCUCGAAAACAGCAUGUCCAGCUUAUCAAGGACAGGAAAACUUUUGAUGCUAAAAUUUCUGAGAUGGAGGAGACGUGUGCCAAACUGAUGCUGGAUAAGUUUGGUCAGGUUGUGGACCUAGAGAAGAUAGAGACUGUUACGGUUAAUCGCACAAUUGAAGAACUGAAAGAAAAGCUUCGACUAACUGAAAAUGACUGUGCUAAUGAUGUCAAACAGUUUGAUAAGGAGAUAGAAAACCACAAAGAGAAGGUAACUGCCAUGAUCCAAGACAACACAAAGAGACUGACUCAGCUAGCCAUGUUACUCACAGAACAGAACCAGUACACCAGCACUCUAGAUAACAGGCAGAAAAAAGUGAGUGCGGAAUUUGUUGGUCAACGUAAAUCAGAUAUCCGUGAAAAACAACGUUUAAUUCAACUGAUUCAGCUUCAAGCCCAAGAAGUUGAUGCCCUUAAAGAAGAAAUUCUAUUACUGUCACGUAAGGGUGGUCAUAUUUUACCACCAACACAUCCACCAUUAUCACAAAAUGUCUCCACUACUGCAGCACCAAAAACUUAACUGCCUUUUUUUCCUUCAUAUUUAUUGGAAAUUUAUGUCUCUACUAUGAAAAUGAGUUUAGUUUAUGUAGGGAUCUUUUGAAUCACUUACUUUAUACUACAUUUUUGUAAAAAUGUUUCUUAUAGGAAUUGAAAUUUGUUUGUGUAAAGAUUUCCUUAAUUUUUUAUGUCUAGUAUUGCUAUGAGUAAAAAUACCUUUUCACGUUAUACUUUAAAAGCAACAAGUAUGUGUCAUCUAUCCAUUGGGUAAUUUAAUAUUUAUAAUUAUUAUAAAUAAUAAUUAUGAGACUUAAAAAAAAAUGAUUUGUCAUCAUAUUGUCCUGUAAAUGCUUUGCAUGCUAUAUCUUUUUUUGUUAUAUUGUUUAAGAAACUUUCAUUAAAAUAGUUUUCUUACUCUUUAUUUUGAUAAAAAAAAUUCUCAGAUUUAGAUUAUGUGUAAAUUAAACUACAUGAAAAAAAGCCAUUAUCUUUGUACUAUUCAAAGUUCUUUAC